UGAUGGCCGCCAUGCCGCCGUUAGCCGCCGCGGCGCUGAGCGCCCUGGCUCUGGUGACCUUCUGCUCUCUGGUCCGGUGUUCAGGUGAGACCUGGUUCAGUGUUCCAGGACGGCCCCACCUCCUCCCAGCUCUUGCGUUCUCGCCGCGCCAACUCCUUCCUGGAGGAGAUGCUGCCGGCCGACCUGCAGAGGGAAUGUUACGAGGAGCGCUGCUCCCCGGAGGAGGCUAGCGAGAUCUUCCUGACCCGCGAGAAGACGCUGGAGUUCUGGUACAGAUACAAAAAUCUGAACGUCUGCGGCACCAACCCUUGUCUGAACGGAGGAAUCUGCACGAUGGACGGAGGCGACUUCCUGUGUCUGUGUCCACCCCAGCACCGCGGCCGCACCUGCGACACAGUGGUGACGGAGUGCAGCUACAGGAACGGCGGCUGCCUGCAGUACUGCAGGGAUCUGCCAGGGGGCGCCGGAGUUCAGUGCGGCUGCGCUGAUGGAUUCACGCUGGAUUCUGACGGGAAACGCUGCUCCCCGACAGAAAGGUUCCCCUGCGGCCAUGAGGCGUUGUACGGCGGUCGCUCCCUGUUGGACGACGUUACCAUGGAGACGGACCCUAAAGUCACCAUGGAGACGGACAGCAACGUCAUCGUGGAGACGGACAGCAACGUUACCAUGGAGACGGACGAUGUGGCGGACGUCAACGUAACCAUGGAGACGAACGCCGCGGCGGACGUCAACGUAACGCACCGCUGGAACCUCAACGCCACCGAGCCACUGGAAGCUAACACUACGUCUGGACCAGUGGAGGCUAAUGCUACGUCUGGACCCGUGCAGGCUAACGCCACCGAGCCGGUGGAAGCUAACGCUACGUCUGGACUGGUGGAGGCUAACGCUACGUCUGGACCGGUGGAGGCUAACGCCACCGAGCCGGUGGAGGCUAACGCCACCGAGCCGGUGGAGGCUAACGCCACCGAGCCAGUGGAGGCUAACGCCACCGAGCCAGUGGAGGCUAACACCACGUCUGGACCGCUGGAAGGAAACCGGACCGAGCUGGGGGUGGGGCUGGGGGCGGAGCCAGAGGAGGAGGCGGAGUCGGAGGACGACCUUCGGAUCGUGGGAGGAAACCUGGUGAAGCGAGGAGGGAGUCCCUGGCAGGUUCUGAUCCACAGGUCUGACGGUUUCGGCUUCUGUGGAGGAACUUUGGUGGCGGAUCGUUGGGUCGUUUCUGCUGCUCACUGCUUCGAGGACAAGGCUGAUUACAUCACCACAGGUGACUACGAUAAGCAGCGUCCGGAUGCAGCAGAGCAGCUAAUAAAGAUCCAGCAGAUCUUCCUUCAUCCUCACUUCCACUCCUUCACCUUCGACAGCGACGUCGCCCUCCUCUUCCUCGCACAGCCGGUGCUCAGAGGAGCUACGGCAGUCCCGGCCUGCCUUCCGGACCCGCACCUGUCCAAGUACCUGCUCAGGGACAAGAAUGUAGGCGUGGUCUCCGGCUGGGGGGCCACCCAGUACCUGGGAAAAUCCUCCCGGUUCCUGAGGAAGGUGUCGCUGCCGGUGGUGAAUAACCAGGCCUGCGAGGCCACGACCGAACAGGUGAUCACAGACAACAUGUUCUGCGCCGGCUACCUGGAGACCAGCAUAGACGCCUGCAGCGGCGACAGCGGCGGCCCGUUCGUGGUGAACUACCGCGGAACCUGGUUCCUGACGGGCGUGGUCAGCUGGGGCGAGCGGUGCGCCGCCCGGGGCAAGUACGGCGUCUACACCCGGCUGGGCAACUUCCUGUCCUGGAUCAGGGAAACCAUGGAGACAACCGAGCAGGACGUCACCAGGAGCUGAGCUGGAACCAGCUGGAACCAGCAGGAACCAGAUG